AUGACGCUUUUGUCCGUUCCCAGCCUCGAGGCACUAGACUGCCUGAGCUCUUUGAACGCUUCAAGCACCUACUGGACAAGCGGCUCCAGCGAAGACUUAAAUUGCGAUUUGGAAAAACAGUACGCGUGGUGCUCGACGGGCGAGAACGUUUCUUCCGAGUUAAUUUCAUCUCCGAAAUUCUGGCUGCCGACCACGACCGCCCCUACCACCCAAGAACGCUGUCUCGCUUUCGUCAACUCCGGCGGGAGCGGGAGCAGUGGAAUGGUGCACAAAAAUUGCAAUGAUUCUCUGCAGUACAUCUGUGUGUAUACCGUUGACUGUCCGAAUUUGUGCACCAAGAAUAUGACAUGGUUAAAUAAUUACAAACAAUGCUGCGCUUUGGGAAUGGAACCUCUGAACAUUGAGAACGCAGCCGAGCAGUUUGGCCUGACCAACUUCUCUUUCUUAAUCAUUUCUUUAGAUAAUUGGAAGGCGAAUUUCAACUACUGGACGUCUGGGACGCGAAAGGGUUCGCCAUUGAUACGUUGGUCGUGGUGCACGUCCGCUGGGCCCGCCCUCUUCGCCCAGGACCUGACCUGGGAGCGCGGACAACCCGACAACAAAGGCGGGAACGAGACCUGCACGCACUUCCGGUUUAAUUUCAACACCAGCAAAUCCAUCUUGACGGAUAGAAAUUGUUCUAACCUCCUCAUUUUUGCUUGCGAGAGGGAAAUAACUAAAAUAACCACCACUCCACCGCCCCUGUGCAUCGCGACCUGUCCCACGAGUAACUGCACUCGGGACGCCUCGCUUUUUGACUCAACUGGAACUGAACUGAAUGACUUUUUCUCGUAUGGAAACUGGUACGACGGGUGCGGUCGCAGCAUUUUGACCUACACAAAAACCCCGUCAAACUGGUCCACUGCCCGAGACAAUUGCUGCAAAAUCGGUCUGACCCUGGCCUCGAUGGAGACGGCAGGAAAAUUAAGCUGCUUCUCAAAAAUCGUCACAAAAUUUUCUCCAGCGACCUUAGGCGAUUUCUGGAUUUCUGGAACGGAUCUGGGAUGCGAUUCCAACUUCAGGUGGUGCUCUCUUGACCGCGGAUUUGUGGACGCUGAGCUCAAGUGGAAGGCCGGACACCCUCAAACAGGUUUACAUUGCGUUUAUCUCGAAGUUAGGAACGCAUCCGUGUUGUUGGUCACCGCGAAUUGCACGGAGGAAAAAGACUUUUUGUGCGAGAUGCGCAAGAAAAACACCAUCCAAAGGGCCAUGCAGACCGAAUGCGCUGAGACUUGGGAUAUUACACCUGAGCAAAUUGACAUUCUCUUGCAAGCGAGCCAAUUUCUUACGGCAAACAUCUCCAUUAAUAUGAAGUUCGACUACAAUGCAUUGGUUAGCAUUGCAAUGCUCCGCCAGAUAGAAUUCGUAUCUCAAGAGGAUCCUGUAAAACUGCAGCAAGGAUUUGUUGCUUACGACGAGUGCAAAGAUAUAAAAUAUGACGAUGAGUGCGUGACUGCCCACGAGACAUACAGAUGUGGCCAGGAAAAGGCGCCAAGAUCAACGAGUUUAACCGUGCCGACCGGCGACACGGAUUCGAUCAACCAGACGCACGAGAUGUGGUGUCGCAGCCGCCAAAUUCUGCCCGACUCUUUCUUCAACACUGGGCCUUCCGCCUUCCGGUACCCUUGCGCUGAAAUGAUGCUGGGAGUGAACAAAAACAACUUCCUGCUGCAAAGAUAUAAAUACUCCAGCACAAUGCUCUUCAACCGAUUCAUCUACCCCCAAAACUACACCCCUGUAUCCGGAUACUUUUAUAUUUUUUUGUGUGAAGAACCAUAG